UCCCACCCCACUCCACCCCUUAAGAAAACAAUAGAGAAGCUCUUACCCAAUUUAAGAAAAAUUUUGUAUAGGAAGAGCUGCUUCCUUCAAGAAAAUAUUGAUAAUCUUCUUUGAGAGAAUAACGAGAGAAUAAUUUGCUCUACGGAAAAAAAUUGAAAGAGAGAGUGCUGAGUGUGAACCGAGACUGUUAGAUUACUUGGAUCUUUGAUUACAUUACUUACUCUUUUUGCACUUUCUCCUUAGGCAUUUAAAUAAUUUUUCCUCCUUAUGAAGCCAAAACUUACUUUAAUUUCAGAAGAGAGAAUCCAAAGGCCCCGAUUCUUCUUCUACCAAUUAGUACAAAAAUUAAAUAACUACCCUUAUAUACCAAUACAUACCGGAAAACAAAAAGAAAAAAAACUAUUUAAUAGGAAAAUCAAGAAAACAACAGAGGUAGAAUUCACCAGAUACAAAAAAAGGUUGUCUUUUUCAGUUCAUUGCAAUCAACUUCUUCCUUCAUUUUAUCAAAUCCUCUUGGUUUUAAUCUGGACGACAUGUCAGAAGAUCAGUCUUGUUUGGUUUCAAAGGAUUGUCAGAGAGAAAGUAACUUGGUGGCUUGCAUGAAUGGCAAAGAGCCAUUGGUAAAUUAUCAGGAGCGUGAACUUGUGAAAUGCAAGUUGCCAAAUAAGUCUGAUACUUUCAACAGAGUGGAAGUCGCUCUAUCUUUGGGCAACUUUUCAGCAUCCCCGAACGAGCAAGCUGGCAAUAAACGUCAUGCUGGGAAUAAUUCUGAUUCGAGCUCUUUUAUUCAUGCGAUUGGCCGUGACAAUUCCAUCGGUUGUCUCAUUCAUUGCUCUCGAUCGGAUUAUGGCGCCAUAGCAUCUUUGAAUCGUAGCUUUCGCUCAUUGAUUAGGAGCGGAGAACUUUACAAAUUGCGGCGGGAAAAUGGUGUGGUUGAGCAUUGGGUUUAUUUCUCCUGCCAACUAGUUGAAUGGGAAGCUUUUGAUCCUAGUCGCGGUCGUUGGAUGCAUCUGCCAGCUAUGACUCCUGAUGAGUGUUUCGUGUUAGCUGACAAGGAGUCGUUGGCGGUUGGCACAGAGCUGCUUGUGUUUGGAAAGGAGAUCUUUUCGCAUGUCAUUUAUCGUUACAGUUUAUUGACAAACACGUGGUCAUCUGGGAUGCGGAUGAAUGUACCAAGAUGUUUGUUUGGUUCUGCCAGCAUUGGGGAGAUUGGCAUUCUAGCUGGUGGCUGUGACUCACAAGGCAAUAUACUUAGCUCAGCUGAACUUUACAAUUCGGAAGCAGGAACGUGGAAGACUUUACCGAGCAUGAAGAAGCCACGUAAGAUGUGUUCAGGUGUAUUCAUGGAUGGAAAAUUUUAUGUGAUAGGAGGAAUUGGAGGAGCCGAAUCGAAGCGGUUGACUUGUGGGGAGGAGUAUGAUCUGGAAAAAGGAACGUGGCGUGAAAUCCCAAACAUGUGUCCUGUGCAAACUAACGCUACUACAUCUGAUGCACCUCCUUUGGUGGCAGUUGUAGACAAUGAGCUGUACGCGGCUGAUUAUGCUGACAUGGAGGUGAGGAAGUAUGACAAGCAAAAUAAAGCGUGGGUUACCAUAGGACGGCUGCCCAAAAGAGCAGCUUCCAUGAAUGGUUGGGGUUUGGCUUUUCGAGCAUGUGGUAACAGGCUAAUUGUAAUUGGUGGACCCAAGGGAGGUGCAGAAUAUAUCGAAGUGAAUUCAUGGGUUCCAAGUGAAGGGCCGAUACAAUGGGACUUGCUUGGCCGAAAGCCAUCUGGUAGCUUUGUGUAUAACUGUGCUGUCAUGGGGUGCUGAUCUUAUAAUCCCGGUCUUUUGUCCUUGAUGAUGUUAUCUUGGUCCAUGUUUCAUUCUGUUUUAAAUUCAUGUUUGUUCUUUGCUAGCCAUCUUUAUCGUUGUACUGCAACAAGCAUUUAAGGGGAAAAAUAGGACAAUGAAAUUCCAUAAUUGUACGCUGAUAGACAAGCGAACUCCUAUGUCAUCUCAUCUUUAUUUUUCCUCCUUUAUAUGA